CGAUUUUUUCGUGACAUCUUAACGUGAGUCGAUAAAGUAAUGAAAGAUAACAUGGGAAGAACUGCGAGAAAGCGUCGAAGAAAAGGCCAAAGAAGUUUAACCUGCCAUAAAAAUACAUACGAAACAUCUCUAUUCAAAUGGGCACUUGAGAAUGGAUUGAUGUUACGUGGAGUUACGUGGAGUAGCUUUGAGAAUACUGGCAGAGGUUUGAAAGCUACAAAAUAUUUUUAUGAAAAUGACACGAUUAUUUCGAUUCCCCGCACUUUGCUGUUAACUUUUGACGAUGUCUGGUCUACUAAAAUAAAACAUGCAAUGACUGUAUUAUCCAGUAAACAUGAAAGACUGACAGCAAAGUCGGCUUUUUCUUUGUUUUUAGUCCUUGAAAAAUAUAAAGGACAUGCCUCCAAGUAUUGGUCAUAUAUGAACUCUCUUCCUUCUUUUUAUACAACACCAUCCUAUAUACCAACUCGCGAAGCUGCUAAGAUGCCAGAAUUUGUUCGUGAUAAUAUAAAGGAACAUAAGAAAUCGAUUCUACACCAAUUUAAUAACAUACAGACAGUGUUGUUUAUGAUUACUCAAAAAUUAAAAAUAACGAAAGAAGAUGUUUGUUGGGCAUGGAAUACAAUUAAUACUCGAUCAAUUUAUUUUCAUCCAAGAAAUCUAAGAUGUUCAACACACAUCAAUGCUUCAGAGAUUGAUUUCGCUCUUGCACCAGUACUGGAUUUGUUGAAUCACGACUCUUUAGCAAAAAUUGAUGCUACUUUUAAUGUAAAAAAGGAAUCUUAUGAAAUAAAAACAUUCGAUACAUACAAGCCAAAUGAUCAAAUAUUCAUAAAUUAUGGUCCUCAUAGCAAUAGAACACUUUUUUCAGAAUAUGGAUUUUUUAUACCAAAUAAUUCACACACUUUUAUACCAAUUGCACUCGAGAAAGUGACUCAGUAUUUUGGUGCUGGUACUGGUAUUGAAACAUAUAGGACUUCUUCUAUACUUAAAAAAAUCGGAGUGAACACAAAUAAACUUGGUAUAACUAAAACUGGGUUUGAUUGGAGUUUUAUCAUGACAGCUCAUGUAUUGCAAUGCGACAUCAACACUGAAGUAGACUAUCUUAGCCCUUGUACGAAACAUUGUCCUGUGACUCCAGCCUGUGUAAGUCUGUUAAAAGACAUGAUAUGUGACCACGGUGUUAAAAUUUCAGAAAUGGUUUCUUGUACUUCAAGCGCUGCCAGUGUGGUAAGAGGUUUGAUAAAGUCAGAGAUAACAUUGAUGGAUAUAAUUGUAAAAAAUAUACAAGAUGGAAAAUGUUUAUUAGAGUAAGAUUUGUAUAUAGUAUAAAUUUUUAUA